UAAUAAGCGAGCAAGGAUUGGAUAGUGGAUGCAUGUCCUGUCCGCCACUAUCCCGUCCUCAUAUCUAUAGACUUCAACAAUUCAUCUUCUUGUAAUCAUUCCUCGACGAAGCUCAUCCUUCUCCGCCUACGCAGCUCGUAGACUUGGUCAACGAAGUUUGUUCCGUCUAGUGAAGUUGUACGUCUGAAAGGGAAAAAGUGAAGAGCAUCAACUAUUGACCUUGCGGAGUUUCCAAGAGACAGUAUCGAAAUCCUAAUCUAUUGAAUGAGGACUUUGACUUACACAGGUGGAAUGGUGGUGGAGGUUUAGUGUCUUAGCAGGACGUGACCAUGUGCCAUUAUGGAACUAAUACUUGGCAGUCAUGACUGAUGUGGCAUAAAUGGAAGGACAAGUUCAUGCACUAUAUCUUCAAAUAUAUCAUAUUUUUGCUGGGGAUUAGAAGUCAAAUCGUCAAUGGUAGCCCCUAAAAUCUCCCACCACCCACUUAUAUGCUAUAGGCAAAUUCAACCUUCUGAUUUAGAGAUUUUAGAGCAACUACAUGGUGACAUAUUUCCUAUUAGGUACGAGUCUGAGUUUUUCCAGAAUGUUGUCAAUGGACAUGAUAUUGUGUCCUGGGCAGCAGUUGAUCGUAAUCGACCCGAUGGCCACACUGAUGAACUUAUUGGAUUUGUUACUGCACGAGUUGUCAUGGAAAAAGACACAGAGAUUGUGGAUUUCCUUAGAUAUGAUCCCUCAAAACAUGAUCAAACAUUAGUCUACAUUUUGACACUGGGAGUAGUAGAAAGUUACAGAAAUGUCGGCAUAGCAUCUUCACUGAUUCAGGAGGUCAUCAAAUAUGCUUCAAGUAUUCCGACUUGUCGUGCAGUUUACUUGCAUGUUAUUUCAUAUAAUAAUCCUGCCAUUCAUUUCUACCAAAAAAUGUCGUUCAAGUGCGUACGGAGGUUGCAUGGGUUUUACCUGAUCAACGGCCAGCAUUAUGAUUCCUACCUGUUUGUUUACUACGUAAAUGGCAGUCGUUCUCCUUGCUCACCAUUAGAGGUUGUCAUGUUUGUGGUGAAUUAUAUCAGAAGUGGUCUCAAGUCAAUAGCAGCAAGGCUAAGGAUGGGUGAAGAGAAGGUGAUAAAGUGGCCCAGAUGUAGAAAUACCCAGAGUCCUAUAUUCAAGCAGAACAAAAGAAACCCAACAUCGGAGUAUACCGGGUGUGAAUAUGUGUGAUGCGCGCCUCUCUUUAUUUUGUGAUAAAUAAGAGACAUGGUGUGGAAAUCCAAAAGCUGGAGUAUACUCCUUCCUUUCCUACCUUCGUUCUGGCUCCUAUUUAUCUGAGCCGUGAAAUAAUGUCUUUAUUAAGUCAUGUGUCCAUGAUCUGCCCUAAUUUGCUUGAAUUUCUCCUUGCUUAUCAGGAAGCUUGAUGAACUUGUAUCUUGUCAUUGAACCUGUAAGACUCUUAACUGUAAGCUUAGUGUGGCAUCUUACUAUAUUAAACCAAAACCUCCACUGCUUCUGCGCGAGCGUCCUUCUGAGUCGGUCUGCACGCUACGCGCAUUUUUACCUUGUUAUUCUUUUUUUCUCAUGAUUGAUUGUGUAUUUUGUGCUAAUGACUUGUACAUCAGGCUUUUUGUGUAUUUUGGCUUACUUAAGGUGAUUAUAUCUGGGUAUGGA